AUGUGUGACACCAGUGGUGUAGCUAUUGGAACAAUGCUUGGCCAAUGUCACAACAAGGUUCUCCACCCGGUCUGUUAUGUGAGCAAGACACUCAAUGGGGCGCAAAUGAAUUACACGGUGACUGAGCAAGAACUUCUUGACAUUGCUUAUGCCUUUGAGAAGUUUCGGGCUUAUUUGUUGGGAUCCAAGGUGAUAGUAUACACAGAUCAUGCUGCUUUUCGCUAUAUCAUGGAAAAGAAAGAUGCAAAGCCUCGGUUGAUUCGUUGGGUCUUGUUGUUGCAAGAAUUUGACUUCGAGGUCAAGGAUCGCAAGGGAACUCAAAAUCAAGUAGCGGAUCAUUUAUCAAGGCUUGAAGAGGCGGGAAGGCCAAAGGGAGAUCUUGGAAUCAAUGAUGCAUUCCCGGAUGAACACAUAUUGGCACUAUCUAGCACUUUUGCUCCUUGGAAUGCCGAUAUUGCUAACUACUUGGUGAGUGACCUUAUUUCGGAGGGAUUGAAAUCCUAUCAAAAGAAGAAGUUCUUGAGAGACUGUCGGCAAUACUAUUCGGGAGAACUAUUCUUGUUUCCUGUUUGUGCUGACAACAUCAUUAGAAGCUGUGUUCCAGAAAAAGAGAUUAUGUCAAUUCUAAAGGCAUGCCACGACUCAUCGGUUGGGGAUCAUCAUGGGGGAAAUCGAAUGGCGGCUAAGGUGCUUGAAUGUGUAAUUGCCUUACCAAACAACGAGUCAAGAAGUGUGACCGCAUUCUUAAAGAAAAACAUAUUCACUCGGUUUGGCACUCUUAGGGCAAUUCUUAGUGAUGGUGGGUCUCAUUUCUGUAACAAGGCUUUCACGGGGCUAGUAGAGAAAUAUGGCGUCAAAUAUAAGGUGGCCACACCUUAUCAUCCCCAAUCAAGUGGUCAAGUUGAAGUUUCUAACCGAGAGAUAAAGAGCAUUCUGGCAAAGAUCGUCAAUGCAAAUAGGACUGAUUGGUCAAGGAAGUAA